UCCUGCAAAGUGUGCGACAAUGUAGCUCUUUGGAGAUAUCUGAUCAAGUCAUUUUGACCUUAAAAAGAUGAAAUGUUAGAAUCAAUAUCAUUAUCUUGAUACACCAUGUCUUGGUUCAAGCGAGGAAAAGCAGACAGUAGGAAUACUGACCAUUUGAGCGACAAUGGCAGUACAUCUAGUGGACGAUCAAGAACAGACACGGAUCCGGAAACUUGCUUGGAGGUUUUCCAGAAUCACUGGACACAGGCUCAAAGUAUUAUCAUGGCAAGGGAAUCCAGCACCCUGAGUAAAAAUCAGGAGUCAUGCAGCUAUGAUGAUGUAGAAGCUGUUGUGAAAAACUUUGAGCAAAUGAUUAACUUGCUCGCCAGUGAAGAUGGUUUGGAUGAAAAUGGUCAAGGCAUGCCUGGGCCUAUCCUUCAUUUUCUCCUUGAGCAGAACAUUUUUGAAAAAUUUUGUACCUGGUGUCAAAACCAGCAGGAAUAUACAGAAAAGUUAAAGCUAGAACAGUUACGAAUGUUUGAGUUGUUAAUAGGACAAUCUCACCAGUUGUUGCUGAUCCACAAAGCUGUGAUAAACCCUAUCCUCCGACUUUUGUCAUCUUGUGUACAGGACACGAACUCACAAGUAAUUGAGAGUAGACUAGUACUGAUACUGCAUCAGAUAUGUGCUUCCAUCUCCCAGCAAACUGUUAUUUUAGAAAGUUUUUUCAAUGCUAAUGCUGACCAUGGUCCUGCCAAGUUUCUGAUUUUUUCACUUCUGAUUCCGUUCAUUCACCGUGAGGGAACCAUAGGACAACAGUCUAGAGAUUCUCUACUGUUGAUCAUGACACUGUCAUCUAAACACCCUCAUAUUGGGGAAUACAUCGAGAAAUAUUCUGACUUCUGUCCUGUACUGGCGACAGGAUUAAGUGGGCUGUACUCGUCACUACCACGUAAGAUACCAGUGCCUGCUGAGGACUGGUUCCAGAUUACACAAGAUGAUAUCAACCAAGUUCCAGGGAUCCAGAUGUUCUUGAACUCACUGGAGUUCUGUAAUGCUGUAGUACAGAUCUCUCACUCCAGUGUCAGUGAACAGCUGAUAGAAUAUAUAUACAAGGGUUUCCUGGUCCCUGUGAUGGGUCCAGCCCUGCAUCAGGACGUUUCAGGACUUCCACUCCCCCUCCUUGAUUCUCCAAUGUUUGCGAAUUCUCGGGAGGAGGUGAUCGCUGCUACGGCCUACCUGGAACUGUUUCUGAGGAAGAUUUCAGAGCCAGCACUUACUCGUGCUUUCCUCAAAUUCAUCCUCACAGAACAGAAUGAUGAGAUAGUUAUACUGGAAUCCCUGGUCACAAGGAUCAAUAGCAGCACAAAACUGUUGUGUGUGGUUUCCCUUUCCCUGUUUAAAACACUGGUUGAUAAGAACUGUGAAGAUGUCAUGUUCCAGCUGAUCCUCAGGUAUUUGAUUCCCUGCACUCACGUCAUGGUGAGUCAGCGGCGAGCUGUGAAAGAUGUAGAUCUGUAUGGCAAGAGUGCUGAGAAGUUCCUUUCCCUCCGUCCUAACUGUUGCGUACCAGAUCUAAGUGAAAGUCCAAAGGGCAGUAACUCUUCACCAACUGCAGACAGAGCUGCCUCGUCCAUUGAAACACCAAAGACUACCCUGUCCCCAGCGAGCUCCAAAGGCAGCAGGCUGGAGCACUAUGAAACUGACUACAACGAGUAUCUCCUAGAGGCACGAAAAUCACUAGAGAAUACAUGUAAGGCUUGUCGUAUCUGGGCAUACCCUUACGACGGGGACAAUCCCUCACCCACUGUGUUUACAGAUCUGGAUACACCAUCAUCGCCUGACAGUGUGUGUGAUGAUAGUAAACGUCCUAGUAUAGGUGAAUCAGUGUUAGAUAGUACAGUAGGUAACAACACAACACCCGGUGUACUAAUGUUGUCUCACGGUAAUGUGAAUUCAGCCGUGUUCAGUGAUGGCAGCACGCCAACUGGGCUUACCUCACCCAGUAUAAUCUCUAAAGGAUCUGCACUAGUUAACCGUGACUUUAGGUCAUAUUUAGCAUUGAUUGAUGUGACAUCUCCGGACGAGGAUAGUAAAAGGGCUCCAUUUUAUCAGUCUGAAGUGUCUGAAAUUUUGAGACAUUAUGAUUCAUCACGCUCUGACCGGUGGGGUGCAUCAGAUGAGGAGGACAUUUCUGAAUUUCUGUCCUAUUUGACACUAGAGGUGGGUACGCCACCAGAAUAUGAACAGGACAGGACAAUAGAAGAUAGUAUUCUGUCUCUGGACUCCGUUCUGACUGGUCUUUGUUCUGAGACAUCUGGUUCCAGUUUAUCUACCCAGCUAGAGGACACCAGUGGAAGUGAUAGUGUAUUCAGAAGUAGUGCAGGGUCACAACUUACUGAUAAUCAAAUUUUACAUACUCCAUCAAGUCAAAAUGAUGGUACAGCAUUUGAUGUGAUAGACUCCAAAGUGAUGCACGUUUCUGAAGAUGGUUCAGGCCGAUCAGAGGAGCAGACGUCCCCUGGUUAUCCUCAGGAUGCAACAAGCUUCGUAGAAAUCACUUUGUCCUCAUUCACAUCAGACACUAAUGUACACGAUUCUUUAUCAAAACUGACACGUACUAAUUCUUUGACAUCAGUGAAUACAAAAGAAAAUGGAUGUCGCUCUCCCACAAAAUCUGUGAGUUUCUCCCUCCCUAACCCUUCUAUGCAAAUGCCAACCUUGUCCUCAGGAAUUAUCCAAGUGCCUUCUUCAGACUCGCAUGGUAAGCCGACGGACACCUCACCUACCAUAGGACCGUUCCUGAGCAGUCUGUUUAGCAAACUGGAAGGAAUGAUGCAAAACAACCUCUCCAUCAACUUAGUGUUGACAGGGGUGAUAGCUCGUCUGGCAGCCUACCCUCAACCACUGCUGCGAUCCUUUCUCCUCAAUCAUAACCUUGUAUUCCAACCCACAGUCAAAUCUCUAGUCCAGGUCCUUACCUCAGUGCGUCAGAAGGUCGACAACUAUUCAUACACAAUUCCAAACUUUGAAGAUCUCCUUUUGCAAGCGAGGCAGAACUUGGCUAGUCGUGAGGAGAACUGGCGACUGGGACGAAACUACAGCUUUUUACCACAGAAUGUGGCCACAACUCCGACCACGCCCAAAACAUCACCUAUAAAUAACAUCAAUGUUCAGAUUAAAGAAAAGAAGAAGCUGAGCCUGACGGACUUGCUGUUUAGACGCUCCCCAGUGGGGACCAAACGACCCUUAGCAGCACCACGAAGAGGAGCUCCCCAGAUGGAGAUGGUGCCUGGCCGUGGAUACCGAUAUGUGCAUAGACAGAGAAUACCAGAACCAGUACCCACAAACCCAAUGGACUCUUCAAAGACACGAAAUAUUGUAUACUGUGCUCUCAUUCUUGAGGAAUUUGUGAAAGAAUUGGCUUCCUUUAGUCAAGAACAUUCUGUCUUGUUCAGAGACGAAGGUUAUCACAGCAAUUAAGUAGGUUUGUCUUUCAUGAGGGUUGAAAAUGAAUGCCACUUCAAUGUCAAAAUGUUUAUCUUUAAGUGAGAAAACCAUCAAAAACGUUUUAGUUUUGAUAUUUUUAUGUUAUGCAGAAAAUCGUGCAGUAAUUAAAGAGAUUUUGAUCAAGUCAUGUUGUAGUACAGAGAUCUAAAAUUUUGUACAAAGAAAUCAUGGUUGAAUAUUGAAAUAGAAGCAACAAAUAGCGCUAGUUUUAUAAUGUUUCUCGUAAUUGCAGGGCUUUCUAUAAAAGGAGAUUAUUUGCUAAUGUUCAGUGCUUCAUCAGAAAAAAACUAGUCAUAAAAUGGUAUUACAAUGUCAUCAUAUAUUGUAUCUCUCUUUUUCUAAAGCUGUUUGUUUGUUUUGUGAUUUUUCUACUAUCUGUAGUCCACACCCAUUUUAUUUGAAGUGAAUACCCAACGCCUCCACUCCAGUUACAGGUAGUGGGAAUUUGAGCUGCUGUAUGUGUGUGUUACUAUGUUUGUUUGCUGGUGUGUCCACAGUCUUAGUGUCACAAUCUAAUGUAAUGUUAAAGGUGUAUGCUACCUUUUAUAUUGUUCAAAGAUUUUAAGAAGAGUUUUCUUUCCUUUAUGAAUGUUUUCAAUCAGCUUGAGCCGUUAUUUCACCAUGGCUAUUUUGUUGCUUGAAAAUACAUUCUUGUUAAACUUUAAUAUCUCUCAAACAGUGGUUGACUUGUUACGCACUCUCAAAGAUUCCUAUUGCAGAUUUUUUUAUUUCUCAGAAAGCAGUGUAUAACACAAGUACCAUGAGGUAAUGAGUUUUAGUGAUUUGAUUUAUGUUAAGAGGAUUUCCAGGCAAUGCCAAUGCAGCUCUCACAUGCUUCCCUGCGAUAAUUUUCGGUAUGGCUUCCAACAGAUUGUAGCGUUCGAAAAUGUAAUUGUUGUGUUUAUCAAUUUUUUUAUUAUUAACUACUCUGGAGGAGAAGAUUUAUGGAUUCAUAUUUUGUCCUUUAUAUGAUUUCUACUUAGUCUG